AUGGAACGGUUUCACAGGCGCGGGGCGAGGGCCGUGGCAGUCGAAGAAAGCAAGUUCACUGCCACGGCCGGCGGUGCGACAACCUUACCUGCUUACCUUCGCGGCGAUGUCAAUAAAAAUCUAGCGUCGAGUAAAAUGUAUACAUCAAUUAGUCUGCUAGUUUCGGGCAGACUAGCAGCCGACAGAGUGGCCUUGAGUUAUUGCCAGACAAAUUCCGAAGCGAAUGGAUCGUGGACAUCCUACGUGUUGCGUAAGGCUGAAUCAUUGGACAGUAAUGCAAUGAGCAAACCAAAGUCAUCGCAGUCAUGUGAAUCAGCGCGACCGGAAGCAGCGCCAUGUUGUUUCGACGCCAUGUUUACUUGCGCACCGGAAGUUGCGCGCGCGCCGAUCGUCUUUAAGUUUCCAUCGGAACACGAGACGGAAACAUUUAGUUAUUUUCAGUUACGCUUUUCCGCUUGGUGA